GCAGAUUAUUACAAAAUGUAGAUCGGUGAAAAGUUAAAACAAAUACGUUUUAAUUUAAAUCAGAAUUGGAUAAAUCUAUUCUGAUGGUUGAGAGAAUAAUGUAGAUUGAAUGAAAACAAAUAUUUGGUUCCUUACAUAUCUCGUUAAAAUGUUUUAUCUAAUCCUUGUAAACAUAGUUCAAUGCCAUGUGACGGCGAUCGACAAUACCCAACUGAAGAAAAGUUUCGUCAUGCUCCAAAUGCUCCUUUGCUUCUCGCUUCUCUUUUCUCGUGGAAAAUCUAAAGUGAUUUAUAGCAUCCACGAAAUGAAUGAAAUAUGGAUCAGUUAUGCUUCAUUAUUUACCGCCCUAUGUUUUUUGAGUGUUCUGAAAUCAAAUUAUGCAAUUUUACAAAAAUCAAUAUUAUCAACGACAAUUUCGGAUGAUCAUGACGACAUUGAGAAAAAGGAAAAUAAAUUCCUUCGUAAUGCUAACCAAAAACCGAACAUUAUUAUCAUUGUUGCCGAUGAUAUGGGCUGGAACGAUGUUAGCUUUCAUGGCUCCAAUCAAAUCCCAACACCUAAUAUUGAUGCACUUGCAUAUAAUGGCGUUAUCUUGAAUAGUCACUACGUAUCACCUCUUUGUACACCUAGUAGAGCAACAUUAAUGACAGGAAAGUAUCCAACUCGACUUGGCUUGCAACAUUCUGUUUUAUUACAUGCCGAACCAAGAGGACUUCCUUUGAAUGAAAAAUUACUUCCCGAGUACUUAAAAGAGGCUGGCUAUGUAACGCAUGCCGUUGGUAAAUGGCACUUAGGAUAUUAUAAAAAGGUCUACACUCCUACCUAUCGCGGUUUCGAUACUUUCUUUGGAUACUAUAACGGCGUUCAAGACUAUUACACGCAUUUUAGUGCCGAUUUGAAUGAAACAAACGUGUUGGAAGGUUUUGAUAUGCGACGAAAUCUCUCAAUAGCCUGGAAUACAUUAAAUAAAUAUUCAACCGAUUUAUUUACGGAGGAAUCAGUGAAACUCAUCAAUUAUCACGAUACCAAAGAUCCAAUGUUUCUUUAUCUCGCACAUUUAGCGCCACACAGUGGAAAUUCUAAAAAUCUUUUACAAGCACCCGAUGAAGAAAUAGCAAAAUUUGGAUAUAUUCAUAAUCCAGAAAGAAGAACUUAUGCAGCGAUGGUUUCUAAAUUGGAUCAAAGCGUAGGUGAGGUAGUUGCAGCUUUAAGAAAUCGCGGCAUGUUGGAAAAUAGUAUAAUAUUAUUUAUCAGUGAUAACGGAGCGCCAACAAUAAAAAUUUUAAGUAAUCAUGGUAGCAAUUAUCCCCUUAGAGGCAUAAAAGAAACCCCUUGGGAAGGUGCUGUACGAGGAGUCGCGGCUAUUUGGAGUCCAUUCAUAAAAAAAUCAAAGAGAGUCUCAUACCAAUUAAUGUCUAUUGCUGAUUGGCUUCCAACGCUACUUUCUGCGGCAGGAUUAAACAAAAGUCAAUUAGGUAAGAUAGAUGGUUUGGAUCUUUGGGAAACUAUAGCGGAAAAUCAUAUUAGUCCUCGAUCUGAAAUACUCAUCAAUAUCGAUGACAUUAGCAAUUAUGCUGCCAUUCGUUAUGGAGAUUUUAAAUACAUUACGGGUGAUACUGGUAUCAACGAUGAGUGGCUAGGAGAGAGUGGCAAACCAAGCGAAGAAUCUGGUUUUCCACCAGUAUACGAUCCUAAUCAAAUUCUGCAAAGCAAAACGGGUAUCGCUAUUGCUGGUGUGAUUACUGCUCAAGAGAUAAUCGAAUCGAGACGAAGUAGAAGCGUUGGUGUUGAAGAUGAUAUUAAUAAAGGAUUCCAAAAGAUGAUGUUAACUGCAGAUCAAUUACUUGAUUUACGAAUGAAAUCAGAAAUUAAAUGCAAUGUUAGAGAAGAAGAUAUGAUAACAUGCAAUGCUCUACUAGCUCCUUGCCUAUUCAAUAUCGUUAACGAUCCUUGUGAAAUGAUAAAUUUAGCUGAAUCAAAACCACAAAUCCUUGCAUUGUUGGAGCGAGCUAUACUGAAACAACGAUUUAACGUUGUACAGCCGACUAAUCAGAAGUCAGAUGACUUGGCGAAUCCAUUGCUACACAACAAUACGUGGGUCCAUUGGGGCGACAUUGACGAUUUAAACAAGACAAAAUUAUUGAAUCAUUUUCAGAAUAAAGAUUCUGUUAAAUAUCCUAUUGAAUUAGUGGCAACAAUAUCUAUACUCGUUGGUUUUUUUAUCUUGGGUAUAAUAACCCUUUUUGCAUUGGCAUGUGGAAAACAAUACAAGACAAAGAACAGAAGAGACCCGAAGGAUGCAAAAAAUCUCAGUAGAAUCAAAAAUGUCAAUGAGAUCGAAAGGUACUCUAUAUCGGAUAAUGAAGGUGAAAAGAAAUCCAAUAGUGUCAAUUCAAAUAUAAUGAAAGAUUUUACUACGAAAUGACUAUUGGUUUCAAGGUGCACGACACCUAAAUUCAAAACUACUAUAAAGAUUUCUUAUUGUGUUCAUGAAUCUAUGAAAACAUAGUAUACGUUUGAUUUAUAUUAUAUAUUUUAUAUUCUCCUAAUAAAGAGAAUAAUAUUCUCUUUGUUAGGAGAAGAUGUAAAACAAAUAAUAUUAAUUAUCCAAUCGAAUGAAUAUUUAAAUACAAAAAGAAAUUUUCGUGUCACUUUAUAAUCGAUAUCCAGAUAAUAGUCUCGACGAUAUAGGCCAAAAUAUAUCGAUUAGAUGACUAUUUAAUAAUUUCGUGAUAUUGAAAUUCUUACUUGUACUGCAAGUAAAUCGAAUUUCCAACAAAUUCACGUACAUUUUAUUCUUAUAUGUAAAUAUAUCUCUAUAUUUAAAUACAACAUAAUAUUAAAAAAAAAAAU